AUGGUUGAAAUGGGAUCCCAGUUCGUGUUUCUGUUGGUCAUUUACGCUGCGUCUGUUUUAGGCCAGUCUGGAGAUAUGGACACGUUCUUCACAGACUACAAGGACACUGUACAGAGCACAGACGUAUGGGAUGUCCCGGGCAGUGGCGAGGGCGAAGCAACUGGGAAAGGGGAGUGCGUCAUAGCUGUCGUCUUCAUCCUCGAAAUGGAGGCAAGUGGUGACGGUGAGACCAUUGCCAAAGGAAAGGUUUGGGACGACAAGUUGGCCGCUGUUGCACAGAAGUGGGCCAAACAGUGUGUGCUGGAGCAUGACAAGAACAGGAAGAUCCCCUCUUACGGCCUGAAAAUCGGCCAGAACCUGGCGGCUGGACAUGGCAACUGGAGACAGGCCAUGAGCAACUGGUACGACGAGGUGGCCGACUACCGCUACGGAGAGAACGUCAACGACUAUCUGGGCCCCGACGGAUUCUUCAAGAUUGGACAUUACACUCAGAUCGACUUGUAUUGUCUAUCCAAGAUUCACACACAAGGCAACGACAGAAGCACCACCCGCAGUGAGGAACGAGACUAA